CAUACUCUUUCUUCUUCUUCGUAUACAAGCUCAAGUAGUCUAGAGAUAGAAAAGAAAGAAGGGUGAAAAAAUCAUGUGUAGUAACCUUGUAAGCAGGGUGUUGAUAUUGGCAUGGCUGUCGGCGAUGACCACAGCACAAACCGUUGCUUCCCAAAACAACUACAAGGAUGCUUUGUCGAAGUGUCUUUUAUUUUUUGAGGGGCAAAGGUCAGGAAAGUUACCACCUUCGCAACGACUAACUUGGAGAAAAGAUUCUGCCCUAAAAGAUGGCUCUGAUAUUGGCAGGGAUCUUGUAGGAGGGUACUAUGAUGCAGGUGACAAUGUGAAGUUCAACUUUCCGAUGGCGUUCACUACAACGAUGUUGUCAUGGAGCGUUCUAGAGUUCGGAAAUUCGAUGGGUGCAGAUCAUGAACAUGCUUUGGAAGCUAUAAGAUGGGGGACUGACUAUUUUCUUAAAGCUACUAGUGUUCCUGAUUCUGUCGUUGGUGCAGUUGGUGACCCCAAUGGCGAUCACACUUGUUGGCAAAGGCCAGAAGACAUGGACACUCCUAGAACCUCUUAUGUAGUAACAAAAGAAAAGCCAGGUUCUGAGGUAUCGGCCGAGAUUGCAGCUGCGCUUGCAGCGUCUUCCAUGGUUUUUAAAGAUUCAGACAAAGACUACUCUGCCUUGCUUCUUAAACGAUCCAUCGAGGUUUUUGAAUUCGCAGAUAAGUACAGGGGCUCUUACGGUGACAGUAUUGGUAGCGGAGUGUGUCCUUUUUACUGUGAUUUCAGCGGCUACAUGGAUGAAUUGGUUUGGGGAGCUACGUGGUUAUACAAGGCAACCAAUACACCAGAUUAUUGGAACUAUGUCAGAAACAACAUAGUUGGUGAUAUCACUGAAUUUGGAUGGGAUUCAAAACAUGCUGGCAUCAACGUACUCGUUUCUCAGGUCAAAUUUGAUGCCAAUAAUUCUAGUCCUUUUAUUCUCAAGGCAGACCAACUUGUAUGCUCCAUUUUGCCUGAAUCACCUGCUCAAAAAUCAGUCACAUAUUCACCAGGUGGGCUCUUGUUCAAACCUGGAGGAAGUAACCUCCAACAUACGACGUCCCUAUCAUUUCUUCUUUCAGUUUAUGCUGGCUACAUGAAAGCUAACAACAAAGUUGUUGACUGUGGCAACAAUGUUGUUGUCACUCCAGCCAAAUUGGUGGAUUUCACCAAAGGCCAGGUUGAUUAUAUACUAGGAAAAAACCCUCUAGGGAUGUCAUACAUGGUUGGAUUUGGGCAAAAGUUUCCUCAGAAAAUACAUCACCGUGGGUCUGUGAUACCUUCGAUUGACCAACACCCGCAACACAUCGAGUGCCAUGGAGGAGACGAGUAUUUCAAGAGCAACAGUCCUAACCCUAACUUGCUAACAGGUGCUAUUGUGGGAGGACCUGCUGAAAACGAUACAUUCGAAGAUUCUCGAUCUAAUGUUGCACAAUCGGAGCCAACCACAUAUAUCAACGCAGCUUUUGUGGGUGUAUUGGCUCACUAUGCGGCUAGCUACUGCCUUGAUUAA